UUUGGGGGCUGCUAGUGCUUGCGGAGUUUCGUUGGGGGGACUUUGCGGAGGGCGUUCCGGCUGACCUGCCGACGUGGGAAGAAGUCGUGUCAGCACUUGGAUUUGAAAUCCUAAAAUCGAGCGCUAGACCGGGACCCGGAGGAGGAAUGGGCCCGGCGCCUGCGGGGGAGCAGCAUCGUGGAGCUUCAGGGGAGCUGGAGGUGAUGGAGCCAGUUUCAGAAGGCACAGGCAAAGAAGGGCUGAAGGGCACCUCAAAGAAGCGUGUGGCGACUGAGUGCCCAGCAGAGGGUCUCUUGCAACCGGUGAAGCUCAGCCGUGAAGAGCUGUACAAGGAGCCCACCAACGAGGAGCUGAAUCACCUUCGGGAGACUGAGAACCUGUUCCACUCCAGCUUGCUUCGCUUACAGGUGGAGGAACUGCUAAAGGAAGUGAAACUGUCAGACAAGAAGAAAGCUCGAAUUGAUGCUUUCCUCCAGGAGAUCAAACAGCGGGUCAUGAGAGUGCCCUCGACCUCUGAGACUGAGCUGACUGACCAGGACUGGCUCCCGGCUGGAGUUCGAGUUCCCCUCCACCAAGUGCCGUAUGCUGUGAAAGGCUGUUUCCGCUUCCUGCCCCCCGCCCAGGUCACGGUUGUUGGCAGCUACCUCCUGGGCACCUGCAUCCGGCCUGAUAUCAAUGUGGACGUGGCACUGACCAUGCCCAAGGAGAUCCUGCAGGACAAGGACGGGCUGAACCAGCGCUACUUCCGCAAGCGCGCCCUCUACCUCGCCCAUCUGGCUCACCACCUGGCCCGGGACCCCCUCUUCGGCUCCGUUCGCUUUGCCUACCCCAGUGGCUGCCACCUGAAACCCUCACUGCUGCUCCGGCCGAGUGGGAAGGAGGAGCGCCUGGUCACUGUCCGACUGCACCCCUGCCCGCCUCCCGACUUCUUCCGCCCAUGCCGCCUGCUGCCUUCCAAGAACAAUGUGCGCUCCGCCUGGUACCGCGGGCAGAGUCCUGGGGAUGGUGGCCCCGAGCCCCCCACACCCCACUAUAACUCGUGGAUCCUGCAGGACAUCAGCCUCGAGGCCCACGUGCAACUGUUGUCAGCCGUGCUGGGCUCGGCCCCGGGCCUGCGGGACGGGGUGGCCCUCCUGAAGGUCUGGUUGCGGCAGCGAGACCUGGACCGGGGCCUGGGCAGCUUCAGCGGCUUCCUCAUCUCCAUGCUGGUCGCUUUCCUGGUGUCCACACGCAAGAUCCAUGCCACCAUGAGCGGCUACCAGGUUCUGAGAAGCGUCCUGCAGUUCCUGGGCACCACGGAUCUCACGGUCAGCGGCCUCAGUCUGUGUCUCCGCCCGGAUCCCUCCCUGCCGGCCCUGGCUGACUUCCAGCAGGCCUUCCCCGUGGUCUUCCUGGACCCCUCCGGCCGGCUCAACCUCUGCGCCGACGUCACCGCUGCCACUUACCGCCAGGUGCAGCACGAGGCCCAGUUGUCCAUGGCGCUGCUGGACAGCAAAGCUGACGACAGCUUCCAGAUGCUGCUGAUGACUCCCAAGCCUAUGGUCCGGGCUUUUGACCACGUCCUGCACCUCCGUCCUCUGAGUCGGCUGCAGGCAGCGUGUCACCGGCUGAAGCUGUGGCCCGAGCUGCAGGACCACGGUGGGGACUACGUGUCAGCCGCCCUGGGGCCUCUCUCCACCCUCCUGGAGCAGGGCCUGGGGGCUCGGCUGCGCCUGCUGGCCCACUCUCGACCCCCUGUCUUGGAGUGGGACAUCAGCCAGGACCCACCGAAACACCGAGACUCGGGGAGUCUGAGCCUGGGCCUGCUCCUCCAGCCCGAGGGCCUCACCAGCGUCCUGGAGCUGGGCCCGGAGGCCGACCAGCCUGAGGCCACCGACUUCCGCCAGUUCUGGGGGUCUCGCUCGGAGCUGCGGCGGUUCCAGGACGGAGCCAUCCGGGAAGCAGUGGUGUGGGAGGCCCCCUCCAUGGCCCAGAAGCGCCUCAUUCCCCACCAGGUGGUCACCCACCUCCUGGCCCUCCACGCUGACAUCCCAGAGACCUGUGUCCACUACGUGGGAGGUUUCCUGGAUGGCCUAAUCCAAAGCCCCAAAGAGACCUACAGCACGGGCGAGGAGGCCCUGGCCGCCGCUGUGCGCUGCUACGAUGACCUCAGCCACCUGCUGUGGGGGUUGAAGGAGCUGCCCCUGACGGUGUCUGCUGUGCAGGGCGCCCACCCAGUGCUGCGCUACACGGAGGUCUUCCCUCCCGCCCCCGUGCACCCGGCCGUCUCCUUCUAUGAGCGCCUGCAGGACCGCGCCUCCCUCCUGCCCCGGCCCGACAAACCCUGUCCGGCCUACGUGGAGCCCAUGACCGUGGUCUGUCACCUGGAGGGCAGCGGCCAGUGGCCCCAGGAGGCCGAGGCCAUCCGGAGGGUCCGCGCCGCCUUCCAGCUGCGCCUGGCGGAACUGCUGCGGCAGCAACACGGGCUGCAGUGCCGGCCCACGGCGGAGCACACGGACAUCCUCAAGGAUGGGUUCGUGUUCCGGGUCCGUGUGGCCUACCAGAAGGAGCCCCAGAUCCUGCGGGAGACACGCAGCCCUGAGGGCAUGAUCUCGUUUCGGGAUACGCCGGCCUCCCUGUGCCUGGAGAGGGCCACGCGGCACCUGCCUCUGCUCACCAGCGCCUUGCAUGGGCUCCAGCAGCAGCACCCCGCCUUCUCGGGGGUGGCCCGGCUGGCCAAGCGCUGGGUGCGUGCCCAGCUCCUGGGGGACGGGUUCACGGAUGAGAGUCUGGACCUGGUGGUCGCCGCCCUGUUCCUGCACCCCGAGCCCUUCACCCCUCCCAGCUCCCCGCAGGUGGGCUUCCUGCGCUUCCUUUCCCUGGUGUCCACCUUUGACUGGAAGAACAGCCCCCUCGUGGUCAACCUCAACGGCGACCUCAAAGCGGAGGAGCAGGUGGAGAUCCGAAGCGACUUCCUGGCAGCUCGCACCCAGCUCCCUGUCAUGGUCAUCGUCACCCCCCAGGACCGCAGAGGCUCUGUGUGGACGCAGGAUGGCCCCUCGGCCCAGAUCCUACAACAGCUGGUGGUCCUGGCGGCAGAAGCCCUGUCCGUCCUGGAGAAGCAGCUGAUGGACCCCCGGGGGCCUGGGGAUAUCAGGACGGUCUUCCGGCCCCCCCUGGACAUGUAUGACGUGCUCAUCCGCCUGUCCGCCCGCCACGUCCCACGGCACCGCCAAGCUGUGGAUCCCCCAGCCGCCUCCUUCUGCCGCGGGCUGCUCAGCAAGCCGGGACCUCCCUCCCUGAUGCCCGUGCUGGGCUACGACCCCCCACAGAUCUACCUGGCGCGGCUCAGGGAAGCCUUUGGGGACCUGGCCCUUUUCUUCUAUGACCAGCAUGGCGGGACAGUGAUCGGUGUCCUCUGGAAGCCUGCUGGCUUCCAACCCCAGCCCUUCAAGGCAUCCAGCACAAAGGGGCGCAUGGCAGAGCACCGCGGCGAGGAACUGGUGCUGGUGCCCAACGUGGAAGCCAUCCUGGAGGACUUUGCCGUCCUGGGCGAAGGGCUGGUGCAGGCUGUGGAGGCCCGGAGUGAACGGUGGACAGUGUGACCGCCUCAGCCCCGGAAACAAACUGAUAAGGACAGGCCACGGGAUCCAAGCCCGCCCUCCCAGCCCACCCUGGAGUUGGCUAGCCAUGGGGGUGGCUAUCUCCACUCAGGCGCAGGAACCCUCCCAGCGGGGCCAGACCCCCAGCGGCCCCAACUGCACCCUGUAGGAGCUGGUCCCGAGGCCAGGCUCUCCUCUGUCCGUUCGUCCGUCCAUUCUUCAGACCCAGGAGGGGCUCUGUCUUCUGUGUCCACCUCCCUGCGUUCAGGAGCGGGGUGUGUGCCCACAUGGCGGGUGGCCGGGUGGCUCUGUCUCCAUGAGACCCUGUGGCAGGCCUGCCCGUGGGGCCCGUGACCAGUGGGCACUUGCUCCAGGCCUCAUUGUCCCUGCUGACAGCAGGGUCAAGGAGCCCUGUGGGGAGGAAGGGGCACAGGACUUGCCUUUGUGGACUCUCGGGGCCAAGGCUGGCAUGUGCAAAAGCACAGGGGGUCAGGAAAAGGGCCGAGGGGAGACAGGUGGGCAGCCCCUCUGUGUCCGAGAGCCCUGGCUCUGCGAGGCCGCCUGUGGCCUCCUGCCCACGAUGCGGGUGCAGAGGUAAGCGGGCGCCCAGUGCCCCGGAGGCAGGGGAGGACACAGGCCCUCCUGGCCCAGCCCACACCCCCUUCCGGCAGCCUCUCCCUUCUGCGUCUCCCCUAAUCCGGGCUGUUUUCCCAGACUCAGCUCUAAUGGUGCCUCCUCCUUAGACCUGCCCUCGCCCCCGGCCUGAGGCUCUUCCCCUCCUGAAACCCUGGUGUGCUUGCCCGGCUGCCUGCCCUCUGCGCUCACUCACAGCCGCGUGGACGCCCCAAGUGUCUCCCGCUGAUUCCCAAU